CAUAAUAAGAGCCAUGUGUAUGGAGGGGGAGGGGCACUGACACUACCAUCUCCUCUACAGCAUAGGGACUCAGUGUUUAUAACGGUGAUCAGUGCUAUCGUGGGGAGUACAGUCUCCGAGAUGAAUAGUGAAGCCGAAGAGAAACUUCUUCACAAUUCUCGAAAUGGAAACUUGGAGGAGGUCCAGAAACUGCUAGAAAACUGUAAAGAAGGAGAAACUGUGGUUAAUAUUGACUGCAAAGGUAAAAGGAAGUCUAAUUUGGGAUGGACACCUCUUCAUCUUGCAUGUUAUUUCGGACAUAGGGAAGUGGUAGAAGAAUUACUGAAGGCAGGCGCGGACAUCUGUGUGCUGAAUGAUAUGGGGGACACUCCAUUACACCGAGCUGCCUUUACUGGACGUAAGGAAAUUGUGAUGUUAUUAUUAGCGUCCAAUGCAGACACUACAGUAAUAAACGGUGAGGGACAAACGGCUGCUGACUUGGCACAGGACAAGGAGGUCAAGGCCAUGUUGGAAGCUGCACAACGAACACAGGAAAGAAAACUGGAAGAAGUCCUUCUGAGUGCUGCAAGAGAAGGGGACAUUGCAACAUUAUCAGAUCUGCUAAACAGAGCUAAACCACCUGACAUUAACUGCACUGACCAAUUGGGCAACACCCCUCUGCACUGCGCUGUGUAUCGCGGCAUGAAGAAGUGCGCCCUAAAACUUCUGAAAAGCGGAGCCAAUGUUAAUAUCAAGAAUGAGAAGAACCAAACGCCACUAGACCUUGCCCAACAUAUUGAACUAAAGCGGGCCUUACAAACCAAGGCUGGAAAGUAUAUUGCGAAAAACCUCCAAAGAUUUGAAGGUCCACUAUGCAAGAGCUCACGUUUUUUUGGCUGGAAACCUUUCUGGGUGGUUUUGGAGCAGGGUGUAAUUUCUUGGUACCAAAAACAGUCAGAUACACUAAACAAUUCUUAUCGGAAAGGUUGUAAACACUUGACACAAGCCAUCUGCACGGUUAAAUCCACAGAUAAUUCAUCGUUUACUGUAAAAUGCUUUGAUGAUAGCAUUCAUUACUUCAAAGUCUUGCCCAAAAACCUAAGGCACACGAGAGAGGACUGGCUGGCUGCCAUUGAGGAACACUCUGCUUAUAGCACUCAUUACUGCUCCCAAGACCAGCUCAGUGAUGAUGAAGAUGAAGACCUUGUGUUAGUUGAAGAUAUAAAGGAGUCUCUAGAGAAUGCUCAGCUUUGUCAUCGCCGACUCAGAAAAGAAAUGUCCACAUUUCUCACUGCCUUAAAGAACUGGGAGGACUCCAAAGAUGCUGACCCUGAUGUUCUGCACCAAGUCAAGAAAGUAUCUGAUGCAUCCCAGGAAACUUGCACAGCUUUGAACAACUGUCUUCAUCUUUUUACCAAACAUGAUAAGGUGAGAAAUCUGAAACUAGAACACGAGCAAGAGAAAACGAAGAUCUUAUCAGAGGCUCUACAGACGUUGGCUACUGAACACCACGUAUUGGAACAGUCUCUGGUUAAAGGAACGCCUCCGCACCACAGCAUUCUAAGCGAGGAUGAAUUCUAUGACGCCGUCUCAGAUUCAGAGUCUGAUCGUUCCUUGAGUGGAUUUGAGACCGUUGGAAAUUCUUCUGCAGAACAUAGUUUGGAUUUAAGCUUCCACCGUAAUAAGGGCAGCAUGGCUGAUGACAAGAAGCCCAUCGGGGGAGAAGCCACAUCAAAUGGCAUUAAAAAACACCGAACAAGUUUACCAUCACCAAUGUUUUCCAGAAACGAUUUUAGUAUUUGGAGUAUUUUAAGAAAAUGCAUUGGAAUGGAAUUAUCAAAAAUCACAAUGCCUGUUAUAUUCAAUGAGCCGCUGAGCUUUCUACAACGCCUCUCAGAAUACAUGGAGCACACUUACCUCAUUCAUAAAGCAAGCCGCUGCUCUGACCCUGUGGAACGAAUGCAGUGUGUUGCUGCCUUUGCAGUUUCAGCAGUUGCAUCACAAUGGGAACGCACAGGGAAACCUUUCAAUCCUCUCCUCGGGGAAACAUUUGAGCUAGUACGUGAGGAUCUUGGCUUUAGACUAAUUUCCGAACAAGUCAGCCACCACCCACCAAUUAGCGCUUUCCAUGCUGAAGGCCUUAACCAUGACUUUGUUUUUCAUGGAUCAAUAUACCCUAAACUUAAGUUCUGGGGAAAGAGUGUUGAAGCCGAACCCAAAGGAAUAAUCACAUUAGAACUUCUCAAGCACAAUGAAUCCUAUACCUGGACAAACCCAACUUGCUGUGUACAUAAUAUCAUUGUUGGCAAACUGUGGAUUGAACAGUAUGGUAAUAUGGAAAUCACUAAUCACAAAACUGGUGAUAAGUGCAUUUUAAAUUUUAAACCUUGUGGUCUGUUUGGGAAAGAAUUGCACAAAGUGGAAGGAUACGUCCAAGAUAAAAGUAAAAAGAAGCUGUGUUCUCUCUAUGGAAAGUGGACAGAGUGUCUCUAUUGUAUUGAUCCAGCUACAUUUGACUCGUUUAAAAAAAACGACAAGAAAAAUGUUGAAGAAAAGAAAAAUUUAACCAAGGCUGCAAGCACAGAGGAGCCUGAUGAAAUGCCACUACCAGAUUGCGAGAGUGUGCAGGUUAUUCCAGGGAGCACUUUGCUGUGGCGAAUAGCACCUCGACCCCCCAACUCUACACAGAUGUACAACUUCACUCUCUUUGCUAUGGCCUUGAAUGAGCUGGACAAGGGCAUGGAAAGCAUCGUUCCUAAGACUGACUGCAGACUACGGCCUGAUAUUAGGGCAAUGGAAAAUGGGGAUAUAGACACUGCAAGUGAGGAAAAGAAGAGACUGGAAGAGAAGCAGAGAGCGGCACGUAAGAAUCGUUCCAAGUCUGACGAAGACUGGAAAACCAGGUGGUUCCACCAAGGUCCAAACCCUCACAUCAAUGCACAGGACUGGCUGUUUUCUGGAAACUACUGGGACAGGAGCUAUACAAGCCUCCCAGACAUCUAUUGAAUGUGGCACCUUGACAGGAGGAGUCUUUUACAUCUGUAUCACAUGUAGACUUGUGUGUUCUGACGUCAUGAAAAUCGCACCUUCUCAACCCCUUAGCACUUACUGUAAGAGUCCUACUGGCUUAGUUGCCUCCUGUAAAGAAUGACGCAUCUUCUAAGUAACCGCAACCACCAGUAGGAAGUUUAGAGGUGGACGGGGGCUGAAAGCCAUUAGGCUCACAUCUUAGUAUCUGACACUUUUAGCUGAAGCAGAAAUCCUAAUACCAUUUUCAUAAGCAUGAAGAAUGUUUAUUGAAUUUAGAGUGAUUUUCCCGGUGAUUCAGGCGGCUGUGGGCCUGUCUGUGGAAUGGGAGAUAUAAGCACAAUGGGGCAUUUGUUUCUUUUAUGUGAAGGAAGGAUUUUAUUUCUAUUCCUCAGCAACAACUCCUAUUGAUCUCAUUUCUUAGGAUAAGGGGAUAUUUAUGUGCCCAUUUGUUCUGAGACUUGUCUAACUCUAUAAAUACUACUGAAUGCAACCGGCCAUUUUAUCCAUGUUUUGUCUUGGUGUUGUUUAUCUGUGUAAUGAAAGACUGGAUAUAGAAUGUA